AUGGAUGGAUACGUCACCCUGUCACGGAUGCCACGGUUACCCUUAGUUUGAAGAUGUAAUCCGGAGACAGGUGUUUUCUCCAUCUCUUUAGCUAUCAUACUCUAAUUCCACUGAUUUCAAAACUCGAUCCUCCAGAAAGUGGAGAGCAACACUUAUGCCGCUCCACUACACGAUACAUUUAAAAGAAAGCUGCGUUAGACAGGAUUACCUACACAUACUGACCAGCUCAAAUAGACAGAAGCGUGCUAUUUGGCAGACCAAUCCAAACUCCUCUCUCGGCAAUUCCAGCCCACUCAUUAUCUCAGCCAAUCAUGGCUAGUGGGAAGGUUGCUGUCUUUUUCUGUGGCUUAACCAACUAGGCUUGUAAUUUAACAAUUGUAUUAGUAUUUACAGAUGGCAUACAAGUUUGUUAUUAAGGCACAUGAGAGUUCACGUGUUCCAGAAGGCAUUUCUGCCAAAAAAAAACGCAUUUUGAUUAAAAAAAACAAGUUUACGUUCAAAUGGCUCUCCUGUGAAGUAGUGACCCGCGACAUACGCCUAGUUACCAGAAACGAGUCACAAAUGGUUAAACUAGUGAGGAAUGUGAUUAUUGAAAAAAUCUGAGUUUGCUUCAUUUAUUAUCAUCCUAAAUUAAGAUACACUGCUCAAAAAAAUUAAGGGAACACUAAAAUAACACAUCCUAGAUCUGAAUGAAUGAAAUAAUCUUAUGAAAUACUUUUUUCUUUACAUAGUUGAAUGUGCUGACAACAAAAUCAAACAAAAAUUAUCAAUGGAAAUCAAAUGUUUCAACCCAUGGAGGUCUGGAUUUGGAGUCACCCUCAAAAUUAAAGUGGAAAACAACACUACAGGCUGAUCCAACUUUGAUGUAAUGUCCUUAAAACAAGUCAAAAUGAGGCUCAGUAGUGUGUAUGGCCUCCACGUGCCUGUAUGACCUCCCUACAAUGCCUAGGCAUGCUCCUGAUGAGGUGGCGGAUGGUCUCCUGAGGGAUCUCCUCCCAGACCUGGACUAACGCAUCCGCCAACUCCUGGACAGUCUGUGGUGCAACGUGGCGUUGGUGGAUGGAGCGAGACAUGAUGUCCCAGAUGUGCUCAAUUGGAUUCAGGUCUGGGGAACGGGCGGGCCAGUCCAUAGCAUCAAUGCCUUCCUCUUGCAGGAACUGCUGACACACUCCAGCCACAUGAGGUCUAGCAUUGUCUUGCAUUAGGAGGAACCCAGGGCCAACCGCACCAGCAUAUGGUCUCACAAGGGGUCUGAGGAUCUCAUCUCGGUACCUAAUGGCAGUCAGGCUACCUCUGGCGAGCACAUGGAGGGCUGUGCGGCCCCCCAAAGAAAUGCCACCCCACACCAUGACUGACCCACCGACAAACCGGUCAUGCUGGAGGAUGUUGCAGGCAGCAGAACGUUCUCCAUGGCGUCUCCAGACUCUGUCACGUCUGUCACAUGUGCUCAGUGUGAACCUGCUUUCAUCUGUGAAGAGCACAGGGGCGCCAGGUGGCGGAAUUUGGCCACUUUGGGUGUCUCUGCAAAUGCCAAUGCCAAAACGUCCUGCAACGGUGGUGGGCUUGUAAAGCCAAAACCCCCAACCCUGUGGACGUCGGGGGGGGCCUCCUCCAACCCUCAUGGAUUCUGUUUCUGGACAGUUGAGGCAGAACACAUGCACAUUUGUGGCCUGGCUGGAGGUUCUCCCACUCGUACUGUAUAAUGGCACUGUUUGACAUGUACAGUAUUAAACCCUGUCCACACCUCAAACAGUCACACUCAACCCCAUAGCCAAGACAAGAGCGUCAAGGACACCAGAAACAAAAUGUAGACCUGACAGUGGGAGACUGAUCUGCAUAGAAACAUUUGGUUUGAAGAAAUCAACUGUGGGAGCAUAUUAGGAAUGGAAGAUACAAGACACUGAUAUCUCCCCGAUCCGGGGCUCUACGCAAGAUCUCACCCCGUGGGGUCAAAUGAUCACAACGGUGAGCAAAAAUCCCAGAACCACACGGGGGGACCUAGUGAAUGACCUGCAGAGAGCUGGGACCAAAGUAACAAAGCCUACCAUCAGUAACACACUACGCCGCCAGGGACUCAAAUCCUGCAGUGCCAGACGUGUCCCCCUGCUUAAGCCAGUACAUGUCCAGGCCCGUCUGAAGUUUGCUAGAGUGCAUUUGGUAUGAUCCAGAAGAGGAUUGGGUGAAUGUCAUAUGGUCAGAUGAAACCAAAAUAGAACUUUUUGGUAAAAACUCAACUCAUCGUGUUUGGAGGACAAAGAAUGCUGAGUUGCAUCCAAAGAACACCAUACCUACUGUGAAGCAUGGGGGUGGAAACAUCAUGCUUUGGGGCUGUUUUUCUGCAAAGGGACCAGGACGACUGAUCCGUGUAAAGGAAAGAAUGAAUGGGGCCAUGUAUCGUGAGAUUUUGAGUGAAAACCUCCUUCCAUCAGCAAGGGCAUUGAAGAUGAAACGUGGCUGGGUCUUUCAGCAUGACAAUGAUCCCAAACACACCGCCCGGGCAACGAAGGAGUGGCUUCGUAAGAAGCAUUUCAAGGUCCUGGAGUGGCCUAGCCAGUCUCCAGAUCUCAACCCCAUAGAAAAUCUUUGGAGGGAGUUGAAAGUCCGUGUUGCCCAGCGACAGCCCCAAAACAUCACUGCUCUAGAGGAGAUCUGCAUGGACGAAUGGGCCAAAAUACCAGCAACAGUGUGUGAAAACCUUGUGAAGACUUACAGAAAAAGUUUGACCUGUGUCAUAGCCAACAAAGGGUAUAUAACAAAGUAUUGAGAAACUUUUGUUAUUGACCAAAUACUUAUUUUCCACCAUAAUUUGCAAAUAAAUUGUAAGUUGGUGGUUGGGGAUAUCCCUCUAGUGGUGCGGGGGCUGUGCUUUGGCGGAGUGGGUGGGGUUAUAUCCUUCCUGUUUGGCCCUGUCCGGGGGUUUCUUCGGAUGGGGCCACAGUGUCUCCGGACCGCUCCUGUCUCAGCCUCCAGUAUUUAUGCUGCAGUAGUUUAUGUGUCGGGGGGCUGGGGUUAGUUGGUUAUACCUGGAGUACUUCUCCUGUCUUAUCCAGUGUCCUGUGUGAAUUUAAGUAUGCUCUCUCUAAUUCUCUCGUUCUCUCUUUCUCUCUGAGAACCUGAGCCCUAGGACCAUACGUCAGGACUACCGGGCAUGAUGACACCUUGCUGUCCCCAGUCCGCCUGGCCUUGCUGCUAUUCCAGUUUCAACUGUUCUGCCUGCGGCUACGAAACCCCUACCUGUCCCAGACCUGCUGUUUUCAACUCUUAAUGAUCGGCUAUGAAAAGCCAACUGAGAGACCUGAGCCCUAGGACCAUACGUCGGGACUACCGGCCGUGGUGACUCCUUGCUGUCCCCAGUCCGCCUGGCCUUGCUGCUAUUCCAGUUUAAACUGUUCUGCCUGCGGUUAUGGAACCCCUACCUGUCCCAGACCUGCUGUUUUCAAACUCUUAAUGAUCGGCUAUGAAAAGCCAACUGAGAUUUAUUCCUGAUUAUUAUUUGACCAUGCUUGUCACUUAUGAACAUUUUUGAACAUCUUGGCAUGGUUCUGUUAUAAUCUCCACCCGGCACAGCCAGAAGAGGACUGGCCACCCCUCAUAGCCUGGUUCCUCUCUAGGUUUCUUCCUAGGUUUUCGCCUUUCUAGGGAGUUUUUCCUAGCCACCGUGCUUCUACACCUGCAUUACUAGCUGUUUGGGGUUUUAGGCUGGGUUUCUGUACAGCACUUCGAGAUAUUAGCUGAUGUAAGAAGGGCUAUAUAAAAUAAAAUUGAUUGAUUGAUUGAUUGAUUAAAAAUCCUACAAUGUGAUUUUCUGGAGAAAAAAAAACUCAUUUUGUCUGUUAUAGUUGACGUGUACCUAUGAUGAAAAUUACAGAACUUGCACAAUUGGUAGCUGACUAAAUACUUUUUUUCCCCACUGUAAAAAAAUCACACUUUGACUCAUAGUAAAGCAUUCAUGGAAAAUUAACUUGGGUUUGGCAAGUCCUUUGCCCUUCUCUGUCUCCUAAUAACAUUACUGGGGUGGCCCCUUGAUUCUGAAGCGCUAUGGCUAUGAAGAUGUUGUGUACGGAUUGUAGAAGUGUUAUACUUGACUCUUCUGCAUUAAAAUCCUUAUUGGUUAUACAUAAAAGACCAUGUAGUAUUGGUAUUUUUAUUAGGAUCCCCGUUAGCCAUUGCAAAAGCAGCAGCUACUCUUUCUGGAGUCCAGUGAACAUUAUAAUACAAUCAUAAUAAUAAGUGUACAUGUUUUUUUCUGUAGGAUUCCAGUUUUGAAGAGCCACAGACCGUCCAGGGGCACAGACAGGGCUGCAGAAAGAAUUGGACAGGAAGACCUUGAAAGGCUGCCCGACUGCAAGAAGAGAGGCUGGCCGAGAGGAAGGUUAGUAAAAGUCUUUCACCUGUGGUACUGUUUACCUGUUUGACAACAUUUAUAAUCCUAUCACACAACAUUUGGCUGCAUUCUGUAAUUUCAUCUUGCAAGAGCUGUCCUUUGAAGAAAGGGAAGAGGUGCUGGAGCUGGCUGCUUCCCAUCUACCUGGAGUGAUUUUUGACAUGAUUGAGUACCGGAGAGCUAUCCCAGGGUCUCUGGACAACCUUGCUGGUGCACUUGCAUGAAUUGCAGGGAGACACCUGCACCUUACAACACACAACUGCUGCCAUUUCGCUACUGCAAUAUUCCAUUUAUUACCAAGAAUGUUUACAUAACAGGUUAACACUUUCCACGACUACACUAUACUUUAUUCUUCAUUUGGAUCUGGGGAUAUCUUUGUAAGUCGUUUUGUGUGACUUUUACCAUGGUCUGGGUGAUAGUACUUUAUCAGAAUGUUUCCCUUAUACUGUGCUUUUGUUAUUCUGAUGAAGGUUACAGAGAAUACCUUGUAUUCUUGUUUAUCUCCCUUAUAAAACUAUUUGACCUGAUCUGUGUAAUCGGACUGAGUUGUUUAGUACUGUAUUUACACCAGGGUAGUCCAUCUGUCCUCCUGGAUAUCUACCCACCUGUAGGUCUGCUAAUUUGAAGUGUAAACCGUCAAGAGCAUAGAUCUCCAGGAAAAAAAACAGUUUAGGAAAUCAUUCUAAAACCAUUCCAAAAGUACAAUAAUGACCACAGCAUGGUGGUGGCAGCAUCAUGCUGUGUGGAUAUUUUUCAGCAGCAAGGACUGGGAGACUAGUCAGGAUCGAGGGAACGAUGAACGGAACAAAGUACAGAGAGAUCCUUGAUGAAAACCUGCUCCAGAGCACUCAAGACCUUAGACUGGGGCGAAGGUUCACCUUCCAACAGGACAACGACACUAAGCACACAGCCAAGACAACGCAGGAGUGGCUUCGGGACUAAUCUCUGAAUGUCCUUGAGUGGCCCAACCAGAGCCCGGACUUGAACCCAAUCGAACAUCUCUGGAGAGACCUGGAAAUAGCUGUGCAGCGACACUCCCCAUCCAACCUGACAGAGCUUGAGAGGAUCUGUAGAGAAGAAUGGUAGAAACUCCCCAAAUACAGGUGUGCCAAGCUUGUAGCGUCAUACCCAAGAAGACUCGAGGCUGUAUCUCUGCCAAAGGUGCUUCAACAAAGUACUGAGUAAAGCGUCUGAAUACGUGAUUUUUCAGUUUAUUUUAUUUUUAAUACAUUUGCAAAAAUUUCUAAACCUGUUUUUGCUUUGUCAUUAUGGUGUAUUGUGUGUAGAUUGAUGAAGGGCAACAAUUGAAUCCAUUUUAGAAUAAGGCUGUAACGUAACAACAUGUGGAAAAAGUGAAAGGGUCUGAAUACUUUCCGAAUGCACUGUAUAUCUUACCUUUUCAGCAGAAAGAAAAUCUAAUUCUGGGUCGGUUUUGAAUCCCUUCAACUCCCUUCGUUUUCUCCACAGUUUGAGCGCAAAUCCAAGGUUUACUCUCGUCUUGGCCCGGGCUAUCGCUUUCCCUUUUUGCCUGUCUGCUCUCCAAAUUUCUCGGUUUCUUUAGCUUAGAUUGAGGAGUAGUUGCUGCUGGGUCAGGUCGUUUGCCCCUCGCGUCUGCCAUGUCUGUCAGCUAGCAAUCUUCGCUAGCCAUUAGCCAAGUGUUGGGCAUGGGCUCAACUAACUAGCUAUCACACCGCCUCCUCACUAACAAAAAACACGUCUCUCAUUGUGCGCGCCACAAAAUCUGGCGGGAAAGUCUGACUCGACUGGGGAAAAUGAAUACCAGUGAAUACAGUGGUUCUCAGGCAGGCUAGGGGCGCACUAUUGUUACUGUUGCAUCACAUUGGAUGACCACUAGCGACCUAUUGGAGAUUUUUAACAUUUAAGAAAAUACCAACGGUUACAUAUUGCAGCUUUAAGUUUUAGGAAUUUAAAUUGACCUUUCAACAUUCAUUUCCAAUGGUAUUGUACUUAAUCUGCUGAAUGAGUCCAAAAACGUGCUGCAAUUGAUUUAUUUUGAUGAUAUACUAGAAAUCACUAGAUCGGGUUUGCCCUGCCUAGUUAGUUUAGCUAGUGUAAAGCUUCGGCAGCAAUUUUUCAACUAACCUUUCUUUACAUGGCGAUAGUUUUACUUCCUCAACUUGGAAGUUAUCGGUGUGUUCUAAUCGCCCAUUGCUAGUUGCAAAUGCAAAUUUUCCGUUAUUAAAUAAAAUAAAUGUUUGCACCAUUAGAUUAUCCAACAAUGUGUAUGCUUCCAUAUUGUCCAUUUCAGCUAUUUUCAUUCAAAGCGUGUCAUUCAAAGCGACGCUUGAUUUCUGAGUCGCGCUCAUGAUGUGCAUCACUUUGGGGUGAGACCCACCUGUCUCGAGCAAUGAGAGAAGCAACAGACAAUAUGGCGGCGUAGACAUAGACAGGAUUACCUCAUGGAGCAAAAAUUGCUGCAGAGGCAUUACACUCGCUAAGCUGUAAUGGGUAUGGAGCAUUCACAUAUCACGUUAGAAUUAUGUAGCCACUAGCUACAUGGUCCUGUCCAGGGCAAACGUUACCUAAGUAUACAUUACAUACUGGCCUGCAUUUUGUUAAUGAGAAUUUGUGACCUUCAAAAAGUGGAUAAAACUCUCACUCUAGUAGAAACAAACCGUCAGCUAGUAAGGCCACCAAUCUCAAGUCAAGUGCAGUGGACUCUCGGGCCACAGCUGGCGCCUACAUCGCCUCCCAGACAGUGAAGAAGGUGAUAGAGAUCAACCCCUUCUUGAUGGGCACCAUGGCUGGAGGUUGCAGCUGACUGCAGCUUCUGUGAGCGCUUGCUGGCCCGCCAGUGUUGCGUCUACGAGCUCCGCAACAAGGAGCGCAUCUCUGUGGCACCCGCCUCCAAGCUUCUGGCUAACAUGAUGUAC